UGACCGACUGCCCUAAAAUCUUUACAUUCAACACACAAAACUCCUCCUGAUUUUGUAUCAAAGUUCACAAGUCAACAUUCACACAAAUCAUCUUCUUCAGUUCAUGCUCAGAUUACAUAACUCAUCAUUCAUCACUUUUCAUCAUCAAUUCCAUAACUUAUCCGUUUUCAGUUCGAACAAGUCUUCGCGAGUAAUGGCACCUCCGAUACUAUCCUUAGCUUUACCGUCGGAAACCGGUCGAGUUCUCAGUAUUCAGUCGCAUACGGUUCAGGGUUAUGUUGGCAAUAAGUCAGCUGUUUUCCCACUUCAACUACUCGGUUAUGAUGUCGAUCCAAUUAUGUCAGUGCAAUUCUCGAACCAUACAGGAUACCCGACUUUCAAGGGGCAAGUUUUGAACGGAAAACAACUCUGGGAGUUGAUAGAGGGCUUAGAAGCCAAUAAUCUAUUAUACUACACUCAUCUAUUGACAGGUUACAUCGGGUCAGUUUCUUUUCUGGAUACUGUAUUAGAAGUAGUCAGUAAACUUCGUUCCAUCAAUCCAACACUUACAUAUGUUUGUGAUCCAGUGUUGGGCGAUGAAGGAAAGCUGUAUGUUCCUCAAGAAUUGGUGUCUGUAUAUCGUGAAAAGGUUGUCCCUGUUGCCUCAAUGUUGACUCCCAAUCAGUUUGAAGCUGAACAAUUGACCGGAUUCAGAAUUGCGUCUGAGCAAGAUGGUCGGGAAGCCUGUAGGCAUCUUCAUGCUGCUGGUCCAUCAAAGGUUGUGAUAACAAGCAUAUGCAUCGACGGGACUCUUCUUCUCAUCGGAAGUCAUGAGAAAGAAAAGGGUCAAUCUCCUGUGCAAUUCAAGAUCGUGAUCCCGAAAAUCCCUGCGUAUUUCACAGGGACAGGAGACUUGAUGACUGCAUUAUUACUUGGGUGGAGCAAUAAAUAUCCCAACAACCUUGAGAAAGCAGCCGAGCUUGCUGUAUCAAGCUUACAGGCGGUUCUGAGUCGAACGUUGAAGGAUUACGAGAAGGCUGGGUAUGAUCCGCAAACAAGCAGCUUGGAGAUUAGAUUGAUUCAGAGUCAAGAUGAUAUUCGAGACCCGGAGAUUACAUACAACGCACAUAUAUAUGAUUAGUUUGAUGUAAAAUUGAGUCCGGUAUGAUCACAAUACUUGAAACUUUUGUUAUACAAAGUUGAAGGGGCUACAUUUCUGUAAUGGACUCUAGGGUUUUACUUUAAUCAACCUAGAAUUAUCCUAUAUCUCGUUAUCGAA